UGCAUCGUAGGUCAGUUCAGAUACAUUGGCCUUAUUCAUUAGAUGUUUUCAAGUUUUAGAUUCAGUUCUUUAUCUUCUAGUAUAAAUUCAUUCGUAGAGCUUGGUUGUCCGAUAGAGCUUUGAUGGCAAAAGGUUGGCAUCGCAUUCAAUUUACAGCUGUUAUAAAAGGGAAUGGUUGAACAAAUACUCUCAUUAACGUCGACGCAAUCUUGAUAGUUGCUAUAGCAACGCCAUCCAAACGAGAGCUUUAAUCUUUUGACUAGAAUUACUGGCUGUGCCCGCAGGCUCGUGGAUCGCCUCCAACCUGAUAAGAACACUGAUAUGUCGGAUGAAUUUAUUUAAACGUCCAAAGUAGGGUCAAAAAGUUGAGCACGGUGGAUGUAUAGAGCAAUGGAUGCAGAAUCAAUAGUUAUAUUUGUGUGCCUUGGCUUUCUUGCUCUUCUUAUAGCUGGUAUCAACUCCUUUGUGAUAUAUCUGGUAUCGAAAACUCCAAAUUUGAGAAGCGCUACGAACAUCUGCCUGGCUUCGUUGGCCAUGUCGGAUAUGAUGACAGGAUUGGUGUCAAUACCGUUAGUUAUAACAUGCUCUUUAACACUGGACUACAGAGGGAUUUGUGUUGGCUCUGAUAUGCUCUCUCGUUUCAUCUCCAUAUCAACAGCCCUUCAUCUUCUGAUAGUAACACUUGAACGUUAUAUCCAGAUAGUACAUGCGUUAAAGUAUAAUUCGAUAGUCACAAUAAACCGGGUCAUUGCUGUGCUGAUCGCAACCUGGACCACAUCCGCUACAGUCACCAUCAUUCAAAGGGCUUGGCAAAGUUCCAGUGAUGAUAGUGAUGCGAACCGCGAAGAUGUCAUCUAUGGGUUAUCCUGUGUGGUAGGGAUCGUUCUAGUCCCUUUAGCCAUCAUUGCUUACAGCUACUUGCGCAUUUUUGUAGCAUUGAGACAUCAGUUGAAAAUCAUCCAAAGACUGAACAGCCCUGUGGAAAGAUCCACUAGCUUGCGCAAAAGAAAGGUAGAAAGAAAGGCUGUGACUAUCUUUGGCUGUAUGAUUCUUACCUUCAUUUGCUGCUGGUUCUCGUACUUUAUGGAUGGGAUAAGAGAGGACAUAGGCAGCGAUCAAUUCACUUAUCCAGUGCAAGUCGAAGUCUUCUUGAUGUUCCUAAGGUUUAUAUCUGCACUCGUUAAUCCUCUGCUUUACACUUUCCUUAAAGAAGAUUUCAAGAUAGCUGCGAGGUCGACGUUGUUCAAACGGGAUGAUUAUAACCGCACGUCAUGCAUCUACCAAACUGACUAUACACCAAGCACUGACACUCCUGUUUGAACUGGAGCUAGAUAGCAUCUUAUGCCAAGAAAACAGUGUUCCUUAGGGUUGAGAAGUCCUACUGAAACACUGAGAAGUCCUACUGAAACACUAAUAUUAGAUUGGGUUAUAUUAAUCUAAACUACUUCUAGAUAUGGAGCCAAAUCAACCUGACUUGCUAUAGUAUGGGGAUUUCCCCAGUAGAUUACGAUAGAGAUGUGUGUGAAUAACAGUGAAAUACACUAAGGCCGGGCCAUAGUAGACUAGACUAGAAUGGACUAGAAUAAAAUUCAGAGCCUAGCAUGGUCGACCGUACCUCUGAAAAAUUCCAACCACAAUGAAAUAUAACAUUAUUAAGUUCAAACUGGAAUUUCAUGAUCAACUGGCUAUGCGCAGCCACUAUUGAGCUGAAUGAGGAAAUAUUUACUGAGUCAGAAUGGACCGCCGAUGUAAAGUGACUCUAUCUGGUCAUUUUACUGCGGUUAUCGAUAUUCCGCGAUCUCCGACAUCAGUUUCAAUGGCUUGCUGUAAAAUUAGUUUUCCACUGCCCCCAGUCGAGAAUAUAAACUGAGGUACCGACUCAGCAAUUUUGAUUGACGACAGCGAAAAAUCCAAUUUUAGCGUGCAUCUCGCAUCUACUGAGUCCGCAGAACUAGGAAAAGAAAAAGAAAACAUUCAGUCGUAAAAGUCUAUAAACCACAGUCGUAAAUGCAGCCAGAAACACUGCGGUUUACUGCGAACGACAGAAAUAAAAUGCUAGCGGAAAUGCACUAAAUUUGGCACAAUAGAAUUACAUGUCCGAUAAAAAAGGGACUUUCCUUUAGAGGCAGGUGAAUAACUUGCAUUGGUGACAACAUUCAGCCAGUACAGACGUCUCAGCAUUAACAGCAUUAAGAUUUCAUUUUCAUUUUCAUUUAAACCAUAUCUGUAAUUUUUAACAUAUUGGAAUUAUUCUUUCUUUUGUCAAUAUUCAAAGCAUAUUGAUUGUUUUGAUAUCUUGUCCCGAUAAAACAGGAAUUAAAAAAUCCUAAACGAGAAAUGAAAAUUAAGGAGAACUAAGUAAAAGAAACAGAUAAUGGAUCCUCUUUUACUCCGACGAAGGACUAGCGUCCGAAACGUCAGUAAGUUUUUUCAUCUUUUCACGGUGUAUAAUUUAC